GGAGGUUCCGUUGGCGGUGAUAGAAUUCCAAUCAAGCUGCCAAGUCGCUACGGAAUCGUGACUCGAUCAUCAGAAGUGCUCGUUGAAUUCGACGUUGAGGGGGAGAAAUUGAGCUGCGGAUCCUGUAUGGUUGCGGAAUUGGUAGCAGGGUUUUGCCGAUGGAGUGGGAUUCCGUGCGCUACUUGAUGGGCUCCUCCUCCUACUCGUGGGUGAAUCAAAGUGAUGCACCGCGCCUGCGUGAGGAAUCAGCACCUUGCUUCGCGUACAUUUGAGACGCUCUUGCCACGUUUUGACUGCAUGCAGCUGGGAAUAUGAGUCUCUUCUAUUAGCGGGAAGAGUUAGGGUUCAUGGGGUUGGAGUUGCGUGUGGUGAGGUGGUGCGCACUGGCUAAUUGGCUGGAAGCCGAUCAUAAGCAGCCUUUGAUAGAUGCGAGUAGUAGGGGAACUGGUUUGCGGGAGGCGACACAUUGACUUGCCCAUCCUUUGAUGUCGUGGCGAAGGGUCGGAAUUUGAUGUGGGUCUCUGUGGAUUCGCGACGUCUGUGACCAUCACAAGUGCAGGUUAGGAUUUCCGAAGUAGGCGACCGUAAUUGUCUGGCACCUCCAAUAUUUUGGUGUGGUGACCAUGGCCGUGUUAACCAGAGGAAAGAGUUUUCUAGACUCUCUGAUUACAGGGGACACCACUUUAAAGAACAUCUUUAGUAGCAAAUCCGGCGUGGGUGAUACUCCUCACGAACAUGAGUGCUCACCGUCGGACACUCGAAAAUGGAUAAAAGAGCUAUCUGCACUUGCUAAUGUUGUGGUUGGACAUUGUGCGAGGAUAUUACUUCUUCAUCCAGAGGAGCUGCAGAGGCAUUUCGAAGAGGAGGCCCCUGCAUCAGCAAAAGAUCCUUCAAAAUAUGCGCUCCAUCUUCUUGAAUACAGCUGUUUUAGAGCCCUUUCUGUGCAAGCUCAAGUCACUGAUCAUUUGAGCGACAAAGAAUUUCGACGAUUGACUUUUGAUAUGAUGCUCGCUUGGGAGACUCCAGGGGCAGCGGACAAGCCUGUUUUGAAGUGUGAACCUGAGACAUCGACUAAGGAGUCUCGUUCGGAGGAUGAGGAGGAUUCGGCACUAUUCUAUUCUGACUUGAUGUCUCUGAUGGUUGACGUGGAGAGUACUGUCGGACUUAAUGCUUUUGCACGGAUAGCGCCGGCCCUUCAUACCGUUGCAGAUUCAAUAACUGUGCACAGCCAGUUUGAUGCUCUUACUGCGAACACUGGAGGCCGGCUACCUUUCCCCAUAUUUGAUAAAUAUGUUGCUGAGCUGGACAAAUCAAUUAAGGCUAUGAAGAACCAGGCAACUCCGGCUCUGGUCAAGGCAUUGCAAUUGGGAAAGAAUGAGAAACUGAUUGAUACAGAUGGGACCGCCACAACUCAGCCUGUCCUCCAGCACGUUGGUGUAUCCACCUGGCCAGGAAGAUUGACCUUAACGGAUCAUGCAAUCUACUUUGAAGCCACUGGGGUUGUGUCUUAUGACAAGCCCAAGAAAUUUGAUCUUUCGGCGGAUUUAAAGCACAUUGUGAAGCCAGUUUUGACUGGACCAUGGGGUGCCCGCCUUUUUGACAAGGCUGUUAUGUAUAAAUCAAGCGCCUUGGUGGACCCUGUCGUGUUGGAGUUUCCAGAGCUAAAGGGGCGUUCACGCCGUGACUAUUGGUUGGCGAUUAUUCGGGAAGUAAUGUUAGUCCACCAAUUCAUCCGCACUUAUCAACUUGAGGGUGUAGGCAAAGCAGAAGCUUUAGCAAAAGCGGUAUUGGGGAUCGCUAGGUUGAGAGCUACAAAGGAGACGUUUCACGUCCUGCCACCAAGACCUGAGAGUUUGCUCACGUAUUCAUUAGGAGCAGAGAUGCCCGGUGGAGAUUUUAUCUUGGCAGAACUGGCCAACUCGCUUUGUAGCUCGGGUCGUGGGGAAGGACAAGCGAGUGUAGUAAGUGUUUUGGACAAGUACCAGGAUAAUAAGAUACAUGCCAUCUCAGCUGCAGCUAUUGGGGAUAACUUCCGUCUCUUGACUCCUAAGGGGGCUGAAAAGAUAAAAGAAGCACCCGUAUCUGUCGGAGAGAUUCUUAUUGGUGAAACCACGCCUUUGGAGAAGGCAAUUUUACAGUCACGGGAUAAUAAUAAGAAAGUACUAGAGGCGCAGGCUACUAUAGAGGGAGUAAAAGUUGAUGGUAUUGGCACAAAUUCGGCUGUUCUGCAGGAGCUGGUGAUUCCGCUGACAGCUGUGAUGACCUGGCUUCAAAGUAUCUAUCUUUGGGAGGAGCCUCUUAAAUCGAUCACAUUCUGUGUUAUUGGAUGCUACAUUAUAUUCAAUGGUUGGGUAGCCUACUGGUUGCCACUGUCUCUGUUAUUGAUGGCUGCCUACAUGGCGUAUGUUCGGAGAAUGCGAGAUGAAGCGCCAAUCAAAGAAGUUUUGGUUCCGUCUCCCCCCAAUCAGAGCACGGUUGAGCAGCUUAUAGCCCUUCAACAAGCAUUGACACAGUUGGAGGCAUUGAUUCAGGCUGGCAACAUAUUUCUUCUCAAGACACGUGCUUUGGUUUUGUCAGCCCUUCCCGAGGCCACAAACCAGGUCAUAGCAAUCCUUGUUGGAGUGGCGGCUGUCUUGCUCAUCUUUCCAACUCGCUGGUUGAUUCUAGCUACCUUCGUGAACGUAUUUACUUUAGAAAUGCCUACGAGGGCUGAAUCUACGCGUCGGUUUACUCGCCGAAUCAAUGAAUGGUGGUAUAGCAUACCUGUUGUUCCAGUCCGGUUUCUCAAACCUGAGUCAGACAAUGGCAGUAAAUAAGUAAGUGCGGGUGCCACUUUCUAGUCUAGCAUGUGCAUAUAUUCGUGUAAAACAGAGAGACCCAGAUGGAUUUAGUUUUCGUAGCAUACUUCUGAAUGGUAAUUAACGUUUCGAUUGUAUAUUAUAUGUGAGGAGUUUCUAGAGGUCAUGGUAAGUACAUUCAGGAUAAGCAAAAGCUAUUCAGAUAUCGACUCCUGAAUUAUACCUGAUCAUUUUUCUUACGAAAGGCUGAAGCAUGUAAAGAAAGUUGAGCAUGAAACCUACUGGACGAAUAGCAAUCCAAUUGCGUAAUAUAAGCUUUUUAUAGUGAUGCUUGAGUUCCAUCUCCGGUGAA